AUGCAAUUCAUCCCUCUCGUUCUCAUCUCCGCCGCCAUCGCCCCGGCCUUGGGUGUAAAAACCUGGGACGUCAACAUCAUUAACGGUAUGUUUUCGCCCAAGGAGCUCACCAUCGCUUCCGGAGAUACUGCUGUCUGGCCCAUGACCGACAGCGCACCUCACAUGGUUGUCAAAACCACGAGUGGUGCACGUAGCUGCAAUAGCAUGGCUGGUGGGCUCAACUCGGGCCCAAAGUCCAAAGACCGGUCCUUUGAGCAUACAUUUUCCUAUGCUGCCGUGGUCAGUUACAACGGCGGGACUGGAAACGACUGCAUGAAGAGGGACAUGGAGAUUCUUAUUGUUGGAUACGAUCCGGCCGUUGACAGCGGUACGGAAACAUAA